UCUCUUCCAUGUCUGCCAUCCCUCUCAACACAAGUCUAAAGCUUCUCUCAGUUUGAAUUUCAAAACUUGUGUGUGCGCGUAGAGAGAGAGAGAGAGAGAGAGAGAGAGAGGCAAAAACAGCUGAAAGGUGGGAUUUUGUUGAGCUUCAGCUUCCGAAACUGAGAAAGGCAUGGGGGAAUCAGCUUGUGUAAUGCAUACAUUCUCGUAUGCUUCUGGCAUUUCGAAUGAAUCCAAACAGGGAAACCCCGUGCCUGCUCUUGGAGAAUCAAUCUCUUUUGGGAGGUUCAUGACAGAGUCUUUAUCUUGGGAGAAAUGGUCAACCUUUUCCCACAAUCGCUACGUUGAAGAAGCUGAAAGGUAUGCCAAGCCCGGAUCUGUGGCACAGAAAAAGGCUUUCUUCGAGGCCCAUUACAAGAGAAUUGCUGCUGCUAAGAAGGCUGCAGCAGAAGCCUUGCUUGAGCAAAAGGCCGCAAAUACAAAUCCCGACCCACAAGUUGUAAGCCAAGAUUGCAGUAUAGUUACCCAUCAGUCACAAAGUAAAACAAACCUAGGCACAGACGUUGAUUCCAUGAAAGGAGCUGACACAGUAACAGAAUCUGAGGUUUCCCAUCAGCCACAAAGUAUGACAAACCUAGGCAGAGAGGUUGAUUCCAUGAAAGAAGCUGACACCGAAACAGAAUCUGAGGUUGUAACGGAUGAUCUUUUGAAGAAUGAAUCAUUAAACCAUUCUGAGAAUGUUGUGAACCAGACUAUGGAUUCUGAAAUGGGGACUGGUGAAUCCCCUCAAAUGGAGAAGCCUUUGUUGCAGGGUUUGAAGCCUAAUCAUGAGGCCACAUUGCCUUCAAGAAAGAAGAAACCGGCAUUUUCAUCUUCAAAACCAUCAACUCGUCAUAGAGCACCUAAAGUUCCUGCUUCACCUGCCAAAUCUACGCUUUUGAUUCAUCCAGGGAAGGAAAAUAAUGAUGUCACUCCAAUCACGAGGAGUUCGCCUACAGAAGCUGCCAAUAAAAAGAGACCAACUUCAAAAUCGCUACGCACACUGAUUUAUUCUACUCCGGCUAAGGAACCGGAUAAAUCUACAACCCUAGCUGCAAGAAAAGCUGAAAGUUCAAGAGUUGCUCCUAGCUCUUAUAACUUCUAUAAUGAUUGCAAAACUCCUCUAAGGACUCCUAAGAUGGCUCAUACGGAUGGGGUAUCAAAGAAUCCUUCAGCAACCCCUUUUUCAGAAAAUAGAAGGACUACAACACCAAUGGAUGCCUCAGCAGUUGGAAGCAAGACAACUGGCCCAAAAUGGAACAUCAUAUCUUCAGUUUCCAAGUCCUUGACUGCCUGCAAAAACAAAUUACAGUCUCCAAAUUUAUCUGCUCCUUUCAGCUUUAGGACAGAAGAAAGAGCUGCACAACGAAAGCAGAAGCUUGAAGAAAAAUUCAACGCCAAGGAGACACAAAAAGUGCAGCUGCAGACAAGGUUGAAGGAGAAAGCAGAAACAGAAAUUAGAAGGUUUCGUCAAACCCUAUGCUUCAAGGCCCGGCCAAUGCCUGAUUUCUACAAGGCAAGGGAAUCACCAAUAAAUCAAAUCAAGAGUGUGAAGACACCACUGACCCAACCCCAGUCACUCAAGGUAGGAAGAAAGCCAAGUUACAGCACAUUGCAAGGUCUAAUAUCUCUGCCUCAAGAGGCACACUCCACCAAGACCAGUCGCUCCAAAAAUACUCCAAAAAUAAAAAAUCGGAUGCCAAAUCCUUUAAAUUCAUUGCCUGAAAUGACUACCUGCGAAAAUACAACCCCAAAUAUUCAGCUUGAUCGGCAACAGCAGAAGUGAACUCUGAUUAGACUGGGAAGACAAUUAAUUCUGUUUCCUACACAGAAAACUAAGAGCUCGUUCGUUAAGGACACAAGAAAUGGAGGUUGUACUGUAUACUGAUGAGAUUGCUAGUGAGAUGAUUUCCCUCAAUAGCUGUAUCAUGUAGGCAUGGAAUUGUUGUAAAAUAAGAUCAUUGAUUCUUUGGAUGAAGUUCUAUUUCUUUGACGUAGUUGCAUAACAACCUCUC